AUGGCCGCAGUCGAAGGCAAACCAAGCAAUGUGUACAUCCACCGACAGGCGGGUACGCCCAAGUCGUGCUUUGUCUGCUACAAGAGCUCACCACACGUGCUGGUUUCGCAGUCGAUACCUACGCUCGACUUUCUCUACGUCUGCCAUGCGCAUCUGGCGGAUCGUCACUUUGCAACCAAGCUCUGCGAUCCCGCAUCUGCGCCAGGCUCUACUACAGCAGAACGGCUGCCUGACAAAGUAAGCCAAGAUGAGAUCGCCAAGAUCAAGGCCGAGUACGAAGCCAAGCAAAAGGCCAAGGAGAGCGCCAAAGCAAAGGAAGAGGAUGCCAACAAGGAGAGCAAACCUUUGAGCGCUAUGGGCAUGGCAGGGAGCGUGUUUUCCACGGUAACAUCUACUGUAUCUGGUCUCGCGUCUUCGGCUAUCAGUUCUAUACCCGCCGAAGCAGCAGCGUCGACGGCGGCAACAGCUUCGAACGCAGCAGCAGCAGAGACACUGGCCAAACAGCAUCCACUUCAUGCAAAGUAUGCGCUCCAUCGAGAAUUCUACGCGGCUAGGGUACGAGACUGGAACCACAAGAUGGUCAAGAAGAAGGAGAAGGAGCUCAACAUGCCACCUGCUCCGCGCAACGCUCUGUCCUGA